CAUUAACAAACCUCAGGUCAUCAAAAAGGGAUACAAAGGAAAUGCAGAGAUUUUAGAGAGACGAAAACGAAGACGAAGAAAGAAAUGGAAGAAGCCAAGGCAUUGGCUCAGCAUCAACAACAACUCCUCCUGCAACACCAGCAACAACAGGCACAGCAACACCAACAACAACAGCAGCAACAUCAACACCAACAAUUCCUCCUCUUACAGCAGCUUCAGAAACAAGCUCAACAACAACAGCAGCAACAGCAAGCUGCCAUUUCUCGUUUCCCAUCCAACAUAGAUGCCCACCUCCGCACUCCUGGCCUCCUCCAUCAACGACCUCUCAAUCUCCAACACAACCCUAGUUCUAAUCCUACCACUAAUGUGGUACAACAGAGUCCUAAUUUGCCGCAGCAGAACCCUAAUUUGCCACAACAGAGCACGCAGCAGUCGCAACACUCGCAGCAGCUGCAACAGCAACAGCAACAGCAGUCGCAACAGCAGCAGCUGCAACAACAACAGCAGAAGAUGAUUCGACCCUUGAAUCAGAUGGAGCUCCAGUUUGCCUACCAGGAUGCUUGGCGUGUCUGCCACCCGGAUUUCAAGCGCCCUUUCUCUUCACUCGAAGAUGCUUGCGAGAGGUAUUAUAUGGUGGAAUGA